AUGACCGAAUGCGCGGGCUGCGGUCGACCAUCAUCGGUCGAAAGCACAGCCGACGACGACGACGACGACAAAGCUUUUGGCGUCGGCGCAUUCAAUCCGGUUUCGGCGGCUUGGCUCGGGUGGAAGAUGAGCGUCGUCACUUUCCCCCGCCCCCACCUGCCCAUCCCACUCGCUGGUCCGCCUCGGCAAAUUUCGCCUAGUGCUGUCACUCUGGGUUGGAUGCGUGCGUGCGUCGAGCUGCGUGACGACAUUCCGGUCGCUUUGCUCGUCAGCGAACCUGCCCCCUCCGAUCCGCCUGGCCGCCUCGCUGACGCUCCCGCUCCCUCGUUUGCGAAGUGUCCCCGUCCGAAGAGUGGCUCCAGACCGCAGUCCCCACCGCUUAUCGAUGCUCAGCCGCCGCCGCCCUCUCCGUUCCUCCCACCUGUCCGUACAACCAUUCCGUCGCCUUGCCUCCUGCUCACCACCGGUAUCAUACUCGCACUCACCUCCAUCUUCCACCUCGCCAUAUCCACAACUGGUCUUGCGUCUCGCAUCCACACUGCUCGACUCGCCCGUACGCAUUCCAAUCGACUUUCGGGUCCCAACCACAGCGCCCCUGGCCUGGUGGCAUUCCGCGCUUCCAAAAUGGCACAGCCCACCGCUCCCAACAUGGCGAAUCCAGCCGCCGACGCAGCCACCAUCACCGCCAGCAACUACACCGUGGACAAGUCCCAGAUCCCUCGUCCGUACAAGUGUCCGCUCUGCUCGCGCGCCUUCUACCGUCUCGAACACCAGACCCGCCACAUUCGCACCCACACCGGCGAAAAGCCCCACGUCUGCACCCAUCCUGGAUGCGAGAAGCGCUUCAGCCGCUCCGAUGAACUCACCCGACACGUGCGCAUCCACGCCAAUCCCAAAAAGGGCGGCGCACAUGCCGAUGACAAGAAGGCAGCCGCACGCAAGUCCGGCUCCAACCCUUCUUCCCCCCACGGCGCUGCUCCUGCCAUCGCCUCCGCUUCCUCCAAGCCCGGAUCCGCACAUGCCAACAGGUCGCUCCGCUGGCAGCUAGGCGCCGAGGAAGACGCAGAGGACAGCGACUCGGAUCGCGAGCUCCGCCACGCCGCUCGCCCCGCCCGCACCGGCGAGAUGUCGGCACUCGCCAUGCUCGCCAGCGACGAGCUCCACGAACUCCAGCGUGCCGAGCGCGAGGGCCGUCGCUCUGGUCCUCACCCGCCUCAUGCCUACCAUUCGCACUACGCUCCCGACGCCUACACCGACCGCUACCACGCCCACGGCCCUACUGCCGCCGCUGGGUCCGGCCACACCUCUGCAAGCUACGCCUAUCCGCCUCCUCCCGCUUCGUCCGGCGAGAGCACGCCGCCCGGCUGCUCGCACGAGGACUGCCACCGCAAGUACAAUGACCGCAUCGCCUCGGCAAUCCUCGCUCGCCCCGCCCAGAACCGCUACGCCGCCGAGUGUGGAUAUUCGCGCCCUUCGCACGCCGGCUACAACGGCAGCCACCCUCCUCCAAGCCUAUACCGCUACUACCAGCACGGCUCGCACCAUGGCGCCGGCGGUUGGGCCUCCACCUCUUCCAGCGUGCCUAGCAGCGUCGAACACUCGCCGCGCUUCUCGCCCGACGACCACCUGCACGGAGACGACUACGCCUCCGAGUCGGAGCAUGCCGCUUCCCUGCAUGACGACGCCAAGCCCCCGCGUCUGCCGCUCGCACCCUCCGGCCCCGCGCCCCCCGCGACGCACAGCAACUCCCACUGGACCCCGAGCAGCAGCCCCGUACUCGGCCCUCUGCGCAACAUGAGCCUGCUCGGCGGCAACACCGUCCCCAACAGCCCCUACACUUCGCGUCCCGGCUCCCCCGUCCUCCACGGCCGCCACGCCCACGGCCUCUCGCCGCCGCACCACCAUCACUCCCACGAGGGCCCCGCGCAUCAGUCUGGUCUCGGUCACCACGGCUCCCACCGACACCGCUCGCAUCCCUACAUGGAAUCUUCCGCGCGCUCCCGCUCGCAUCACCACCUCUCCUCGCUCGGCGCAACUCCCAUGCAGCCCACCUCCUCUUCCCACGCCAUCCCCUCCAGCACCUCGGGCGAGCGAAGCACCGCCGUCGAGCUCGACUCCCAUGCCAGCGGCUCGGCUUCCACCUCGGCCUCCACUUCGCCUGCGCAGCCCUCGCACAUGCCGCCCAAGCUCUCGCGCAGCCACAGUUUUGGCUCGCGAAGCAAAGGCGUCCCUUCGCUCAACUCGAGCACCAGCCUCUCGGCCUACCAUCUCACGCCUGCGCAUCCGCCCGCGGCAGAUGCCGAGCGAGGCUCGCGUCGCACCAAGAUCGAAGACAUCUUGGACGGCGGCAUGGGCAGCCUCAAGCCGCAUCCGUCGCGCUCGUCUUACCCGCAUCUGGUGGCGGAUCCAUCCUCGAGGACUCUGCCCCCGCCUUUCCCCGCCAGCGCCUCUCAUCGCGACGGCAGUCAUCACCCGCUCCCCGGCCACCACCACACGCACGCCUACAACUACCAUCCCUACGGCGAUCACAAGAAGAGCAUGCGCAGCAGCUCACGCUCGGCGCCUGCCAGCCGUUCGGGAUCGCCUCAUGGCUCGCCUACCUUGCACCCGCUCGCAAGCUUGCCCAACGCACUGUCGUCUCGAUCGCAUUCGCGACAGAGCUCGAUCGGAAACGCCUUUGCCCAUCCAGGAAACGGCUUGGUGAGCGCCGAGUCGAGCCCGACCAGCGUCUAUUCGCAGAUCCCUGGGAGCGCGUCCAACUCGCCUGCAGCGGGCGCUCCUAGCGUCGCGCGCAGCAAAAAGGGGCUAGGCGGCUUUGGCAUGACGCCCAUCCACUCGGCUCAGCGCGACCGCGAGCAUAACACCACGCUGCCCUCGCUCGGUCAGGCGCUCUCGCGCGAGACUUCGCCGAUCAGCAUGGUGCUCCCGCCGCCGAUGAAGCGCAUGCCAUCGGAUGGCGCGCCUGAGGUCGACAUGUCGCCCGCCUAA